AUGUUGGGCAAUCCAAUAAGGAGGUUUGGACUGGGCUAUGUUGACCAUAAUGGAAGGUGGACUUAUGCCAACGUUACCAUCAUUAAACGAAGUGACUCUGCUAAUGUUGGCAUCAAUAGAGGAAGUGACUGCACUGAUGUUGGCAUCAAUAGAGAAGGUGACUAUGCCAACGUUGCCAUCAUUAAACGAAAUGACUCUGCUAAUGUUGGCAUCAAUAGAGGAAGUGACUGUGCUAAUGUUGGCAUCAUUAGAGGAAGUGACUGCGCUAAUGUUGGCAUCAAUAGAGGAAGUGACUGUGCUAAUGUUGGCAUCAAUAGAGGAAGUGACUGCGCGAAUGUUGGCAUCAAUAGAGGAAGUGACUGCACUAAUAUUGGCAUCAAUAGAGGAAGUGACUGCAUGAAUGUUGGCAUCAAUAGAGGAAGUGACUGUGCUAAUGUUGGCAUCAAUAGAGGAAGUGACUGUGCUAAUGUUGGCAUCAAUAGAGGAAGUGACUGCGCGAAUGUUGGCAUCAGUGGAUCCAGCAUCGGCAGCAGACGAAGAAGAAGAAAGAAGAGGAGGAGCCAGAAAAGUGAUUGA